UCAGUGUGCCCCCUUACAUUAGGUGUGCCCAUCAGAGUGCCCCUUUACAUCAGGUAUCCCCAUCACAUUGUCACCUUACAUCAGGUAUUCCCAUCAGAGUGCCCCCUUACACUCAAAGUACCCCUUUCUAUCAUAUUUCCCCAUCAGAGUGCCCCUUUAAAUCAUAUUCCCCAUCAGAGUGCCCCUUUUUAUGACAUGUGCCCAUCAGAGGGCCUCUUUACACAGUUUGUGCCCCCUUAACAUAAAAUGUGCACAUCAGAGUGCCCCUUAACAUAAAAUGUGCUCAUCAGAGUGCACCUUAACA